CAAGCUUAGUCAAUGCUCAGACACAGGGUCUUCCUCGGUGUGCGUGCAAUUGCUCGAAAGGCAAGACAGCCAACCGAACUCGCUUGAACCGGAAUUCCUGAAGCAGGUACCGAGUACACACCACAGAUGAUCCUAUUCAAACCCCAAAGAAGAGACAAGGGAGUCAAGCAGAAGGAAAUUGUCUGCCAGAUGCUUCUUGGCGUGCCCUAGCAGUAUCUUCUGAACCCUCGGAGGCGUUUAUUGUUAAGUGUAAAUCUCUGGGCAAAAGGUUGAGGUGAAUGCAUUACACAAGCUGGAGCUGGUGAGCUGAUAAGCCCUGGGGUACCCCAGAUAAGGACAUGGAGGAACUAAGAUUCCAAGUCGCUCAAAUUAUCUAUGUGAGGUAGUGUAGUUCAGGGCUGCGGACAGCAAUCGAAUUGACUAGAUUACUAGUAUCCAUACCCAACAACUGGAUUGUGUUAGUUUCGUAUACGCGGAUUGCGUCUCUUGUCAACAGCGUAGUCGUGUUUCGUCCACCUCCGACAACGCAGCGACUAAUGUCCUCCGACGUCUUCCGCCGGGUCGGCCGUGGCGGGGCCGGCAACUUUUACAGCAAGCAAGACAUCCAGGCCGUCGAAAAAGCCACCGAAACCGAUCUCGAAGCCCAGAGUCAGCCCCACGCUGACCAGAGCCUGGCCCGAACCCGCACCAUCGGGACCGGCUGCGGCACCGAUACCGGGCCGAGCUACGCGCGCACCGGCCGCGGCGGCGCAGGAAACUUCACCUUUCCCACCAUCUCUUCUUCCUCAUCCUCCUCCUCCGCCGCCGCCGACGCCGAUGCCCAGCAGCGGGGAGAUCAAGAGCGGGCAGAAGCAGACCGAACAGAGACGGCAGCCGCCGUCACGGCGAGCCUGGCGGCCAAGUCUACGGCGGGGGGACUGAGCGGGCGGGGAGGAGCGGGGAAUUGGACGGCGGGAUCUGGCGGCGGCGGCGACCGCGGAGUCCAGGAGGAAGCGCGGAAGACGGUCGAGGAGCUGGAGAGGCGGGUUUUGGACGAGGUCGCUGGCGGGUUGCCACCGCCGGCGAAGGCUUAUACCCGAUCACGGCGGUAGUUAUGAAUCGGGGGCGAUGAUGUGCCUGGAAAGCGCGGUUUUACAUUGCUGU